AUGAGAGCCUUCCUGCUUACAAUAGUUGUUCUGCUACAUUGGUUGUUUGUGUAUCCUGGUUAUAUAAGUGAUAGGAAUCAGUACGAACAAGAUCGUAAACAAAUUGUGGAUGAUGAGGAAGCUUUGCAAGCUGGAAAUGAUUUUAACCUUUCCUCAAAAGAAGCAGACGUCGACCGAAUCUUUAUGGGUUUUAAGGAAAAAGAACUCACCCGAGGAUUUCGACAUGAGGAUCAGCACACCGCCGCUCUCCAUUUCUUUAAGGCGAAGAAAAUGAUCGAAAAGGGCGAUGUAUUUCCGUUCCUAAAAAUGAUGCCAAAGGGAGCCCUACUCCACGUGCACGACGCUGCGGCGGUUAGCUCCAAGUGGGUUAUCAAAAACCUGACCUACAUGCCCGGAAUGCUGAGAAUCUCCGAAGAACGUGAUUAUGCGUGGUACACCAGCAUAUAUGAUGAUGGUCUGGAAAAAUCAAUUAAUUUGCGUGCGGCAUAUCCGGAGAUGGUAUUUCCCACCUUAAAGGAUGUUUGGGACAAGUUUCAGAAUAUGUUUGGAACCAUGGGCGAUGUCUUUUCCUACUUACCAGCCUUUCAAAGAUAUAUCUGGCAGAUGCUCACAGAGCUCUAUUUGGAUAAUGUCAUGUACGCGGAAAUUCGAUCGUCUCUGAAGGAGCUUUACGAUGAAAAGGGAAAAGUUUAUUCUAAGGAUUUCACAACUCGUUUAUAUAUUAAUAUAAGCAAAAAAUUUGUGAAAGAAUAUCCUGACUUUCUGGGUAUCAAAAUCAUUUACGGUGGACGUCGCAGUGAUAUUACAACAAUAAAACAAUCUAUAAAAGAGUUUAUACAAUUGAAUAAAGAUUUUCCAGAAUUUGUAAUUGGAUACGAUUUAGUUGGCCAGGAAGAUAAGGGAAUGCCACUGCAUAGUGUACUAGACGCUUUGGACGAGCUCCCAGAGGCAACUCGACUUUAUUUUCAUGCAGGAGAGACCAAUUGGUUUGGAUCUCUUAUGGACGCCAACCUCCUGGAUGCUAUUCUACUUAAAACCAAACGAAUAGGACAUGGUUAUGCCCUAGCAAAGCACCCGACCCUCAUGCAGAUGGUAAAAACAAAUUCAAUAGGCCUGGAAAUAAGUCCCAUUUCGAAUCAGGUGCUCAAUCUGGUCUGGGAUAUGCGAAACCAUCCGGCAGCUAUGUACCUGGCCGAAGAUAUCCCGAUGUCGAUUACCAACGAUGAUCCUGGCUUCUGGGAUGCCGAGGGACUGUCCUAUGACUUCUACUACGCCAUAAUGAGUAUGGCUCCAAAUAGUGCUGGACUGAGUUUGCUGAAAGCGUUGGUAUGGCACUCUAUAGAUUAUUCUACUUUGUCGUCAGCGGAAAAGGAAAAAGGACUCUCUAUCUUAAAUCGACGAUGGGAAAAAUUUCUAACUGAAGGUUAUAUAAAUAAUAGGGAACAGUAUGAAAAAGAACGUAAACAAAUUAUGGAUGAUGAGGAAGCUUUGCAAGCUGGAGCUGACUUUAACCUUACCUCAAAAGAAGCAGAAGUCAACCGAAUCUUUAUGGGUUUUAAGGAUAAAGAACUCACCCGAGGGCUUCGUCAUGAGGAUCAGCACACCGCCGCUCUCCAUUUCUUUAAGGCGAAGAGCAUGAUCGAGAAGGGCGACGUGUUUCUAUUCCUGAAAAUGAUGCCAAAGGGAGCCCUACUCCACGUGCAUGACACUGCGGCGGUUAGCUCCAAGUGGGUUAUUAAAAACCUGACCUACAUGCCCGGAAUGCUGAGGUGCCAUGAGAAACAAGCACGGCUGUUCGAGUUCAUACUAUAA